AUGACAAAAUGUUUAAUUCAUCAAAGAUCACACGAAAUCAUUUGUUAUCAAUGUAAUAGUUUAUUGUGUUCCCAAUGUUAUAAAGAUCAUUCUGAUCAUACCGAUCAUGUGGAACAUAUUUCAGAUAUCAAACAUGCAUUCAGUACAUUAAGAUUAGAUGAUAUUAAAGGCGAUACCACCACAACAACCAAUAAUGAUUUUAAUAAUGUUAAUAACCAUGGUAAUAUUUUUCAUUCACAAAUCAAUGAUAUAUGGGAAUCAUUAAGAUCAUCGACAUCCAGAUAUCAAGCAUUAUCAAAAACAGAGAAUGAAAUCAAACAAUUCUUUGAAGAAAUGCAUCAAUUUCUAACCAUUAAAGAACAUAAACUACAAAGAGAUAUUAUCAAUGAUAAACAAACAAUCACAAAACAAAUCGAUAAAAAAAUCAUGAAUUUGAAAUAUUUAGUUAAUAUUAUAAAUAUCUCUAAUAAGUUAAAUAAUAACGAUAUUAGUAAUAGUGAACUUAAUAAUGAUAUUUGUGAUGAUCAGUCAAAGAUAACAGAUACCACAACAUUAUAUUCAACAACAACAAUAAUGGAAUCAAUAACAACAAGUUCAUCAUUACAAUCAUUCAUCAAUCAUAAUAAUCAAACAUUAUUCAAUGAAUAUCUUGAUCUAUUCGAUACUGAUGAACUUCUCAAACAACACACCAAUGAUACGUCAUCAUUAUUAUUAGAUAUCAUUCAUAAAUACAACAAUCAAUUCAAUGAAUCAACAACAAUCACAGACAAUAAUAACUUAGCAUUAUCAUCAUAUAAAUUAUCAAUAAAACAACCUGAUUUCAAUCAAUUGAAUUCAAUCAUUGAACAAUCAAUCAAACUUGAUAAAAUAGAAUCAAUAAAUACAACAACAAACAAUCACAAUAAACAAUCAUAUAUUUCCACAACACAUUUACAAAGUGAUCAGCAAGUAAAUGUUGACAACGCAGAUUUGGACACAGGCCACAUAACAUGUAAAUUUACCGAUCAUUGCAAUACUAUUGAUGACUUGCUUAUUGCUUUGAAAAAUGUGGAUAUAGUUCCAUUAUCAUACCCUUUAAUGCUUGGUCCUUUGGCGAUAAUCGAAUUGGAAUCUAGAUUGAUAUAUUCAGUUCUUCAAAGAGAUUGGCCAUUUGAUAAGAUAUUAACUGACAUCAAAGGCACAGAAAUCGAAAUAAAACCUUUUGAUGGUGAUUUGCCAAAUUGGUGCGUGUAUCUCCUCCCAUUGAAACCAAUCUAUGACACUUCGAUGUUGAAUACUAUCAUCUAUUUCAAACAUUCCAAGUGUGUGCUUCAUGGUGAUUUUUGUAAAGUGUCAAUGCCUACCUCUGACGAGAGAGAUACACUACUGGAUUUGAAAUUUAUAAGUACAGAUAGCAACAAGUACUGGGUAUAUGACAACUCUAUACUUCGUCAGAUACAGUCUCUCCGAAAGGAAAUCCCAAAGGUUCAAUUCGAAUUCUUGAUGAAAAUUAAAAGUGACCUCGACUCUAUACUCGCUAGAAAUCAAAUUGUAUUUCAAAUGAUUGACGAUUCACAAACAUUGGUAUUUCUCUCGCCAAAUCCAAUGAAUUCUAGUUUGAUAGAGUUCAACGAACUUAUAGAUUCUAAAUACAAGCUAGGACAAGAGGAAAUCACAUGUACAAAAUCGAAACUUGUUAUGGAUGUCAUUAAGGAUAUGUUCUAUGGAAAACAAUCAACAUUUCACUUUACUAAGCUUGGCAAUGGUGUUUAUGAGAAAUCAGUGAUUAUUUACAUGUAUGGUCCAAUCAGCGAAAUCGAUUCAAUCUCCAAAGAAAUUUCCAAAUCGUCCUAUCAGUCAUUCCAAUUGAGCACAAAUAUCAACAUGGAGAGACAAAUUCUCAAAGAUAAUGAGAAGGAGCUGCACCAAUUCAAAGUUAGAUUUGCAUUUGUAGGAAACCACAUUGCUGCAUAUGGUAAUUCCGAUUCAAUAGUGAAGCUUUUCAAAUUUAUCGUGAAAAUGUUGAAUCGCCCCAUAGGUGCUGAAAUGACUUAUGGUAUGGAUGCAAACGUUAAAGCAGAAAUAGAAUUAGGUGAGCAAGAUUUGGUGGCUCAUGAUCAGUCAACAAAUUGCAGAUUUGAAUUUAUGCGUUAUUGCAGAGCAAUCGACAGUGACUCCUUGGGAGAUAGAGUUAGCGAUCGUGAAGUUAAGCUUAUGACCACCAUCAUUCCAGUGAAAGCAAGACCUGUCGAAAGACAUCAAAGCGGUGAACUUUGGCAUCAGUACUUUUAA